AUGGUCGGUGGGUCAGAGAUGGUCGAACAAUCAUCGCACCAACAUCAAACACACCUGCUGCGAUGGAGCGGCCACCUGGUACGCAUGGACUACGAGCGACCAUUCAAACGACUGUUAUACGGAGACGUCGCGACGGGUUCUCGCCGUCAAGGGGGCCAGAUUCGCCGUUACAAGGAUACCCUGAAGUCCUCCCUGAAACGCCUGCAAAUCAACCCCACCAACUGGGAGGAGCUCGCACUCGAUCGACCGACCUGGAGGAGGACAGUGAAGACAGGCGCUGCGAUCUACGAAGCCAACCGCAUCGCUGCCGCCAAAACGAAACGUGAAACCCGCAAAUCACAACUUCGCCCAGUAAGCAACGCCGCCGCACAACCACUUCCAGCGUGUCCUCUAUGUCAACGGACAUUCCGGGCUCGAAUCGGAAUUGUUGGGUAUCUUUGGAUUAACUGCGCCUCUCGAACGGCACCAACCAUCGUCCCACCGUCCGCCUCUUCCUCCUCCUCUCCGCAGCCAAAUAACUCCGACAAUUAUUCUGAAUUACCACUUCCAUCAUCAUCAUCAUCAUCAUCAUCAUCAUCAUCAUCAUCAUCAUCAUCACCAUCAUCAUCCCCGCUCACUGCCCCAACGGCGGCAGCUCAGGCGACUGUCCCACGCACAGCAACCGACACUACCACCACCUCCCCCGAAUCCAACGAUGAGGAUCAGGACUAUACCUGCCCUCACUGA